AAGGUCUUUGCUGCGGACGCCGCCGACGCAGCAGUGCUGCCCAAAGCCGUCACACCACCACCAGAGCACCCCCGAGCAAAACCACAGCGACAUGCCGCGACGGACGCAGCGAUGGGCUGCAUAAAUAACAGAAUGCUGUGCAUGCUGCUCCUCACGCUAGCGCAUGCAAGACGGAUGUAUCAGAUUCGCAAGUUCCAGGAGGCCGAGCUCAAACGCCGUUCAUUGAGACCCUGCAACGCCACGGAUUUAAGUGAAGGCCUGCCCGGUACCUGGCGCCUCUCGCCCUUCGCCAGAGGCGACGCGUACGGCUGGGACAAAACGGAGUCCGAACGAUUACGUAGAGCGGACGCGUCGGAGGCCUACGAACGGCCGGUCCACGAGUAUUUGCCGGAUCAAUGUAGGUUAAGGCGCUUCGACGCGCGCGACGCGAUCGGAAGGUGCUUUUCAGGACGACGAUUGGCCUUUCUGGGCGACUCGCUCGCGGAGCAGGUCUCCAAGGCCUUGUUAGGUAUGUUAGGACAUGCGGGCCACGCCGCGACCAAGACGGAGCACGGCGACGUGUUUUCCAUGGACAAGGCACCAUCAAAGGAAGAGUUUAUUGCACGUCCCAAAAAACGCCACCCUCGGUACUGGAAGCAGCGCGACUUUCGGAGGCGGCUCACGGAAAGUGGUAUGGAGGUCUUGGAGAGGUUCAAGCUCGGAAGGGUGGACCUCGAUCGAUUAGAGGACAUCGACGAGACCGUAAGGUUCGGGCCGCGCGAUGUUAUUUUAGUGAGCUUCGGGCCGCACUACAAGAACGCGUCGCGAUAUGAGAGAGACCUGCGGUCCUUUUGCGCUUGGAUGAAACGCGGCAGAGAUAGAAAAAGGGCGACGCUCAUUUGGCGCGAAAAUAGCGCGACGCAUUUUCCGGUAUCAACAGGCACGCACGAGGAGAUGAUGCAGCUGAACUACGACGGGGGCUGCCCGCCCUACGCCUCGAACUGUUUGACGUGGCCGCUGAAGUGCUCGUCCCACGCGUUAACGCACGACGCCGCAUUACCUAAACAAAGGUGGCGCAACGACGUGCUCCGGGCCGUGGUCAAGGAGACGAGUUGUGGAAGUGUGCUGCCCCUCUUCGAGCUCGUCAGAGACGACUGGCGGGCGCAUCCCGGGAGCACCGCGCCGAUUCAACGAAACGCGUGCGACGGCGCCGUCACGGCGCGGCAGGCCAAGUGCUGCCGGCGGAAGACGGGCGCCGCGUGCCUGCUGGACUGUCUGCACCUCGCGCCGAAGUACAACCACCUGACGGCGCGGCUCCUCUACCACCUCCUGUGCUUUUCGUCGUCGGGGGCGUAGUAAUGUGUGUACCUUGU